AACGGUCUCUCCCUCUCCGUUCUAUUUAAUUUUUUCUUAAAUAUUUUUCAAAAAUGGGACCUCACCAGUUCAUCCUGCAUUGAUAAAUUUAAAUAUUUUUUUAUCUAAUUUAAUGUUAAUCAUUUGACAGAGAAAAUAAUUGAAUAAUAUUUAAAAAAGGUCAAACAAACGGAAUUUGAAGAGACGCAGUUCAUCGGAGAGAGGGAGAAGGGAAACAAUGGCGGUAUUUGAAUAUAUUGAUUUGUUUCUCUUCUCUCUCAGUAGAGCUUUUUGCUCUCCCUUCGCCAUUUUUAUUCAGAUCCAGGGAUGUGCAAUCUGCUUAAUUCUUGCUCUUGGGUGGGUUUUGGCUGCUUAUGUCAGGAAUAGAGAAUUCAAACGGAUGAAGGAAAGUAUGAGAGCUGGCAAUAGCUUUUCUUUUCUUUGUCAUGAUAUCAAUGAAUUGGAGCACUCAAAUCAGGUCAAUCUGCCUCGAGUCUCUGUUGUUAUGCCAUUAAAGGGGUUUGGAGAAUUCAAUCUACAUAAUUGGAGAAGUCAGAUCACAUCUCUAUAUGGUGGUCCUGUAGAAUUCCUUUUUAUAGUGGAAAGCACAGAAGACCCUGCUUACCAUGCUGUAUCUCAUUUAAUAUCUGAAUAUAAGGAUCAUGUCGAGGCUAAAAUUAUUGUUGCUGGUUUCUCAACAACUUGUAGUCAGAAGAUUCACAACCAGUUGUUUGGAGUGGAGAGAAUGCAUAAAGACACCAAGUAUGUACUAUUUCUAGAUGAUGAUGUUAGGCUGCACCCUGGGUCAAUUGGAGCCCUCACUGCUGAAAUGGAAAAAAAUCCGGAGAUAUUUAUACAAACUGGAUAUCCUCUUGAUCUACCUUCAGGGACUUUAGGAAGUUACUGCAUCUAUGAAUAUCAUAUGCCUUGUUCAAUGGGAUUUGCAACUGGCGGAAGAACAUUCUUUCUAUGGGGAGGGUGCAUGAUGAUGCAUGCUGAUGAUUUCAGAUAUAACCGCUGUGGUGUGGUCUCAGAACUCCGAGAUGGUGGAUACUCUGAUGACAUGACUCUUGCAGCUAUAGCUGGGGCUCAUAAGAGGCUAAUUUCAUCACCUCCAGUUGCUGUUUUCCCUCACCCUCUUGCUAGCGAUCUUAGUUUUUCAAGGUACUGGAAUUACUUGCGCAAACAAACUUUCGUUUUGGAAUCGUAUACCACGAAGGUCAAUUGGAUGAUGAACAAAGCAUUAUUUUCUGUACAUUGCUAUUUGUCAUGGGGAUUUGUGACGCCGUUCUUUAUGGCUAUGAUUCACGUUGCAGCAGCACUUCGAAUCUAUAUGCGAGGAUAUGCACAGGAGGAAACAGCGUUUGUUUCUAACGGGUUGUUACUAGUGACCUGUCUGACCGUAUGCACCUUUAUUGAACUUUCUUCAAUGUGGAAUUUGACAAGGGUAGAAGUUCAAUUAUGCAAUUUGCUUUCUCCCGAGUCACCUAGACUCUCUCUUGCUACUUACAACUGGGUUCUUGUAUUUAUAGCACUGUUGGUAGAUAACUUCUUGUAUCCCGUAUCUGCAUUCCGUUCGCACUUCUCUCAGUCCAUAAAUUGGUCUGGUAUAAGGUACCACCUGAAGAACGGGAAGAUCUACAAGAUUGAAAGGAGCAAGGAUAAGGAGGGACCUAUUUACACAGACUUGGGAGGAAAAAAUAUAUAUGGGAAGAAAGGAGCUCCACCUAGAACCUCUUUUAUUGGCUCUUUGACAAAAACUUUAGCUCAAUGGUUUCAACCAAAGAAAUUUGAUAGCUAGCUAGAUAUGGGUUUGAAUGAACAAAAUCUUUUUAUUUUUCCCCAUUUAUAAACAUCUGAUUUGCAGUUAGGUACUGGGAUACAAAAUUCUUGAGUGUGGUUUUGGGAUAGGGUUAUUUAUUUUAGAGAUUUAGGAAUUUUUGUCUAUUUUUUCAUCCUCUCCAUUCAAUCCAUUUUUAUUCUUCAGUUUAGGUCAUUAUGCCUCGGCUGAUUUUGUAAUUUUUAACUUGUCGGUUCUGUAAUUUAUGUAAUGUUACACAGUUGUGAAAUAUUAAAUUUAAUGUGAACAAAAUUUCAAUUUC